GCCACUCCAUACUUGGCUCCUGAAUUCCGGUUUCCUGGCACUUCUAAGUGCUGGAUCCAGAUUUUGAAUUGCGAGUUGCCGACUCCUAUUCCCGGGGAUGCUUGGAUUGCUGCCACGGCUGCUGGUAUCAAGGCGUUUAAAGACUUCAAGAACACGGACCACCCUUGGCAGCAGCUUCGCCGGCGUCUCCCGGAGCACGCAUGUCUGUUCGUUGCGUGUUCCUACAUGACAUUCGACACCCAUGGAUUUGAUCCUUCUGUCAAGGUCUUCCAGCGGGCGCCCCCGACGACUCGAGUUAACGGAUAUUGGAGCAACUUUCGAGGGUACGGGGAUCCUGUCGAUAUUGAUCUUGGGUUCUCGGAUUGGGAGCGUUACCACUGGAUUCCGGCUCCCGCCGUGGAGAAUUGCUUCCGGAUCGCUACCAAGGAGCUGGAAGGGAAUAAUUGGUCCCCUGAGGCGAAGGCCAAAGUUCGAGCUGAGCUGGACGAGGCCAAGGCUGAGUGGUUGGCGUAUGCUGCCGAGCGGAACAAGCGCUGGGAUCGGUUCCGAGCCAAGAUCAUCUACCAGGUCUGGAGGUGGUUUGUCAGCAAGGAACCGAAGUUCGCUGCUCUCCACACCGAGUCUUUGUUUGAGUCUUCUAUGCUGGGUUGCCCUUUCGACAACCUCACGUGGCUGCCCAAGACGACCGACUGGGUCAGCGAGAUUUCGGCGUUGGACGCGGCUGAGCCGUGGCGUAAUGGCUGGGUGGAUGCUCCUGCCCAGCAUCCGUACAACACGACGUUCUUCCCCUGCAAUCCAAGGUUUCCGCUGUUCGUCCCUGCAAACACCACGCGCGAGGAAGUCGGGCGCCAGAUCGUCGUUUGUCCCGACCUCACGCCAAACGAGAUCGCGGCUGAUUGGGAUGCUGGUUUCCGUGAACCUGCCCAAGCUUCCGACGAGUCUUCGGGUCCUGAGCCAAGCGAGCCUCCGGCGUCUGCUGCUACUUCUCACGUGGCUCUCGACAACUCGGACCACCUCCAGGUGCUGGCGCAGGCUGCAGCUUCUGCUGAGUUGCAGGGUGACGCUCGCGAGGAUGGUGACGACUAG